GUAGUCCACCCCCUCCCCGCCUCCCAACACAACCACGAUUGUGUCUACACUUGUAUUUACACUGUGCAUAGAGUAAACACUACUAUCGUUUCAGAGACGCAACAUGAAUCGAGCACAAAUUAUUUUGUUGUAUUUUUAUCUACUGACUGUUGCAGUUUUAUAUGCAUGCAGCCCAGCAGAAGAGGGCCAGCCAUAUGAACUGAAACAUACCAUGUCUAAAGCUCCGAGUGACACGACAAUGGUCAUGUGGACAAAAGACGACAUUUUAGUCGCUGAAUGUCCUGUUGAUGCUGGUGACUGUGUCACCAACGACAUCAACUGGCUGACGGCAAAGGUUGAACUGGUCAACAACACGAUUGUGUUCUCUCUACGAGUUAAUUAUGUGACAAGAAAAUUGUCAAGUAGCUCCAAAGGACUUUGGAAAUUGAGAACCCACACAUCUAGCCUUAGUGUAGAGGUUUUCUACUACUGUACCCUACAAGUCUAUGCUAAGCCUAGAGAUAUUUUUUGUGAAUACAUGUGGUCUAUCGAAGGUUACAAUGUCGAUUGCAAAGUCAAAAAUAUAUUUCCAGAAGCAAUGAUGAUUGUGGAAAGAAGAAAUGUUCCGUCACCUCCAAUUUCAUGUAUCAACUCAAAAGAAAAAGAGGAACCAGCUUAUUACAAUUCCAGUUGCAAGACCACAUUUCUAAGAGAAGACCUGCAUUUACAAACGGAGUACUUUACCUUCUUCGUCUAUCCAAAUUUAGUCGCAUCUAAAACUAAUUACAAGCUAGGACUAAAUACGUCGUCUUCGUUAAACAUAGAGCCAAAGACAGUGGUACUAAAAGAAUGUGAGGUGAAACAACAACAAAUAAAAUGUCGGUGUAGGCGAUUGGAUGGGAACACUUCAAUCUUUGAUUGGUACAUGAACAAUACACGUGUAGGUGAACAAUCGGAUGAAUACAUCACAAGUGUUACAGAAUUAACAGAUCAAGCUGUUGCUUGCUUACCAGUUGUGUGUUCGGAAAAUGACUGUGCUAAAAUUAGUACACAAACUUCUGCCUGUGACUAUGAAAGCACUGUGAUAGUACUUUCUAUAUUUUUGACCAUCGCUAUCAUUGUGAUAUGUGUGAUCUGUUUAAUACUUAUCAAAAGAUGUAAACCAGAAAAAGGUGUGCCAGGCAUUGACAGGAUGUUUUACAGGGCCAAGUAUUCUACAAACAAAGAUGAAGCUGAAAGCAAUGAAAAGAAUCCAGACCCACAAGCCGGUGGAACCGACGAUAUAAAGAUGAAUGUACUCAACGAGAAAAAAGCAUUGUUGCAUCAUGAAGUCUCUACUUUGGUGACAAUUGAUUCGGAUUCGCAUAAAGCACGGAAAAUAUUUGACCUAAGUAUUUAUAAAGUGAAAUCUUCAAUACUACUAAUAGGGACUCGAAACUGUAACAUCGAAUUAUUCAAGAGAUCAAUACUGCAAAGAAAAAAUUACGUUACAAAUGAAAACAAAGAUUCUUUAAAGAGGAAUCCACAAAAGGGAGACAGUGCAGUGUUAACAUUGAAUUACUCUGAACGAGAUAACAGAAUAAUAAAACUUGUUGAUGGCCCUGUGUAUGGUGACAUCCAACUUGACUAUUUUAUUGAUCAUAUGAAAUCAUGUCUGUGUUUAAGCCAUAUGGGCUAUAAUGCUAUUUUCCUAGCAUUUACAGCGGAUACAGUAAGGGAAAUGAAUUUAUUACUAACCAUUGUACACGAUGAUUUCAAUAUUGAUAUGAACUAUGCGUUUUGUAUUAUGAUUUAUUCAAAAGAAUGCGUAAUAGAAAAGGAAGUUGAAAGCGAGUACAUUAACAUUAAAAACAUAACCGGAGAGAGGUUUUUAAUGUAUGACAUAAACGAUCCAGAAAAUGGUUUUGAUGAGUUUUUUGCACGAGUGGAAAAAAUUCAGGAUACAUGUACUAGUCAUCUCAUGGCAAAUAUCGAUGCAAGACUUUUUAAAAACAACAUAGAGUUAGAGGAAAUAUUAAAAGAAACGUGUUUAUUCAUGGGGAAAUUACAUCAUCAGUUACACGAAAACAUCAACACGAUGGAAAACAUUGAGUAUCGUUUACAGAGAAUCGAGGAACUUUGGAAUAAGCUCCAGAAAGAAAUUGAUAAUACAUAUAUAGGUUUUGAUGCAGCAGGUAGUGUAUUGUCUAAAACACAGGAGAUGCAAAUGGAUAAGAGAAUUAUCGAGGACAUCACGCAGUUGAUUGAGUGUCUAAGAUACAUAUAUUUCGUCCCACAGCCGAUGAAGCGGAGUAAACAAAUUUUACUACCAGAUUUAGAAAACAGCUACCAAAGUUUUCACGACUGGUAUGUCGAAUCGGUAACAAUGAACAAAGAUGAUUUACUUGAUAAAAAUCUAAAGAUAAGGUUGUCGAAUGUAAAUAAACAUUACGAAAUUCCCAUUGAUACAACUGGACAUUGCUAAUUUGUAUUUUGAGCUAAUGAUUAUUUAUCAUGUAUUUAAUUAAUCAAGUAUACAAAACUUUAAAAAUUUGGCAAAUCGAAACGUGAGUAUGAUACAUUAGGUAGAUGAUACGUGGUUUCUUCCAUAAGUUUUGAUCUAAAUUAAUUUAAAUUGACUCUUUUUUCGAUUUUAGUUUUCUAUUUCUUUCCAAUUCCUUCAAUGGCCGUGCUCCACCCUCUCCUCAUCUACGCUUUCCCAUGAGAUAUGAAUGCAAGAAACACUGCAAAGAAAUCUCUUGUUGUGCGGCGUUAGGGCUGGUAGUGCAGUGUAGGAGACAAAAAAUACACUAUUAAAAUUUUGCUGUGAGAUAUUUUGUCUGAGAUAUUUUGUCUGAGAUUUUUUGUCCAUGAUAUCAUUUGUCCUGAUACAUUUUGUCCUGUGUGUGAAUACCAAUUUUUUUUUUUUAUUUCUUGUUUCUGAUAAAAAUUAUUAUUACUAUUUUGCCUUAAGAAAUCAUGAUUAUUAAUAACCAUCAAUCUCAAAUAUUUUGUUUUAAAAAAAUAUGUUACAAGACAUAAGAACUAGAGAAAUCUUAUUUCACUGAUUAUUUUUUUUAUUUUUGAUUGAC